AUGUCCACCGAAGGGUUUCCAGUUUCCAAACCCUAUGUGAUCUCCCAGCUGGAAGGAGGGGAAGAGCCAUGGGUCCCAGAUCUGCAGGGUUCAGAGGAAAGCGAGAUCCUGAGAAGUCCCUGCACAACAGGUGAUGGGGUGGUGAAGGAGAACGAGGAGCAGAAUCCUCACCAGGAAGAUGCUGAGCUAGCCGAAGCGCAUGGGGCAUUACUGCGAAGAUCCAAAGGGAAUGUGUCCAGGUGCCAUGAGCCAGGAAAAGCUGGUGAAAGUUACCACAGACCAGAGAGAGAGCAGGGAAACCAGUCAGUGGAGAAAGUGUAUCAACCCUUUAAUUAUCAGGGAACUCACAAGGACCUCAAGGAAACUACAUCCCAGGAGAAAAUCCUCUGGGAAAAGAGAGAGAAUACAUGCAGUGAGUGUGGGAAAAACUUCAAAUACCACUCAGCCCUUAUUCGACAUGAGAUAAUCCACACGAAAGAGAGACCCUACGAAUGCAGUGAGUGUGGGAAAAGCUUCACUCAGAGCUCAGCCCUUGUUAGACAUCAGCGAAUACACAGAGGAGACAGACCCUAUGAAUGCUGUGAGUGCAGGAAAAGCUUCACUCAGAGAUAUACCCUUAUCUCUCAUCAGAGAAUCCACACGGGAGAGCGACCCUAUGAAUGCUGCAAGUGCAGGAAAAGCUUCACUCAGAGAUCAGCCCUUAUCUCUCAUCUGACAAUCCACAUGGGAGAGCGACCCUACGAAUGCUGCGAGUGUGGUAAAAGCUUCACUCAGAGCUCAAACCUUACUACGCAUCAGAGGAUCCACACAGGAGAGAGACCCUAUGAAUGCAGUGACUGCAGGAAAAGUUUCAGUCACCUCUCCUCCCUUAUCUCUCAUCAGAGAGUCCACACAGGAGAGCGACCCUACGAAUGUUGCGAGUGCGGGAAAAGCUUCACUCGGAGCUCAAACCUUACUACGCAUCAGAGGAUCCACACAGGAGAAAGACCCUAUGAAUGCAGUGAGUGCGGGAAAAGCUUCACUGACCUCUCCUCCCUUAUCUCUCAUCAGAGAGUCCACACGGGAGAGAAACCCUAUGAAUGUUGUGAGUGCGGGAAAGGCUUCUCUCAGAGUUCAGCCCUUAUUACACAUCACAGAAUCCACACGGGAGAGAAACCCUAUGAAUGUUGUGAGUGUGCAAAAAGCUUCAAUCAUAGCUCAGCCCUUAUCUCUCAUCAGAGAAUCCACACAGGAGAGCGACCCUACAAAUGCUGCGAGUGCGGGAAAAGCUUCACUCGGAGCUCAAACCUUACUACGCAUCAGAGGAUCCACACAGGAUAG